CGGCAUCAACAUCGCCAUGAGAGCCCAAAGUAGCCUCCAAGGCCUCCUGAGGGUUGUGGUCGCCACCUCAUGCCUUGUUACCGCCAACCCCAUUUCACCUCGGUGGACUGUUGGCCAGCCGGUCACGACCACCAGUGGUUCCGUUGAGGGUCACGCCGCCCCCGGCGCAGACCAGGUGUCCGAGUACUUGGGCAUUCCUUACGCUCAACCGCCCGUUGGGGCCUUGCGCUUUCAGCCGCCCGUCAAGUACAACGGCUCCUCUCCAAUCAAGGGCUCGGCAUUUGGAUACCAGUGCAUGCAGCAGUCCAGCGCGCCUGCCUCAAUCGAGGCCAUCAAGCAGUAUGGGAUUCCUGCUUCUGCCGCUGCCGUGUCCAGAACCCUCGGGGACACGGGCUCUCAGAGCGAGGACUGCUUGACCUUGAACGUGUGGACCAAGCCGCAAACCGGCGAUGCGAAAAAAGCUGUGCUGGUUUGGGUUCACGGCGGCGCCUUCAUCAUCGGGAGCGCCCGAGUCCCAGCUUACGCCGGAAAGGUCAUUGCUGACGAGAACGACGUGGUGGUGGUGUCGAUGAACUACCGCCUCAACAUCUUCGGCUUUCCGGGAAACCCCGUCGCCGCCCCCAAUCUUGGAUUUCUCGACAUCCGCAUGGCCAUGGAAUGGGUUCGGGACAAUGUUGAAAAGUUUGGCGGCGACGUCAACAGAAUCACCAUGUUCGGCCAGUCUGCCGGCGGCUCUUUGGUCGACUACUACUCGUACGCAUAUGCGUCCGACCCCAUCGCCAACGGUUUCAUCCCCAUGAGCGGUGUUGCCAAUGGGUUUGGUGUCUAUACCAAUGCGACCGUGAACGAGAAAUGGUUCCAGGUGUCGUCAAAACUUGGCUGCGGCAACAACUUGACAGACCACAAGGCCGUCUUUGACUGCAUGUCGAAGAAGAACGCAACGGAGCUCGUCGCCAUUGUCGCCAACACGACCGGUUCGGUGGCGGGUGGGCUCACUUUUGCUCCUGUCGUAGACGAUCGUCUCAUCUUCGGCGACUACAGCAUCCGUGACUCGGCCAAGGCGGGAUACCUCAUCGGCAACACUGACAACGAGGCUGGCUACUUUAAGAUCGCGGCCCCUGCCGCCAACGAAACCUACUGGUUCGGGUUCAACCUCGUUGUUUACACGUGCCCCGCCGCACGAAGGGCGGCACGGGCAGUGUCUGCCGGCCACCCGACAUGGCGAUAUCGCUAUUUCGGCGACUUUCCCAACAUGGCCAUCACCACGACGCCGCCUAGCGGGGCAUGGCACACAUCCGAGGUCCCUGUCCUCUUCGGCACGGUGCCGCAGGACGUAAUCAAUAGUACGGCGCAGCAGAUCGCCGUCGGCAAGUACAUGCGCGGGGCGUGGGCGGCCUUCGCCAAGGAUACGACUUCUGGUCUCCUCAAUUACGAUUGCCACGGCACGUGGCCGAACUACCAGGCGGAUGGCGACACCCUGAACCGGAUUUCGUUCCAGAACCAAACGGGCGCGAACUUGGCGCCCGAUAACACCUACGACGGGUUAUGCGCGCAGGUGGGGAUUCCCAUCGCUUAAGCUGCACGUCGAGCGUCCGCGAGGACGUCUUUUUCAAUUCCACUGUACAUAUUUUACAACAAGACAUACGAUACAUGACAUAUACUAUAUGAUAUCUUUUAGAAUUUUGCCA